AUGACUUCGUUGACACUGUUCAUGCUCGCAGUAGGCGCCGUCCACCUGGCCGAAGCCAGCCACCUUCUAAGAAGAGCCAGCCUCCAGGAGUUCAGCAAGGCGUUACCUCCAUGCGUUGAUGAUGUGGACCAAGUGGCAUGGAAGGGCCAUAUCUACCGCACGCUGUACGGGGCAAACGUGGAAGGCGACACGCCAACCAGCUGCGAGGAGACUACGUAUCAGCAGAUGCCGGAGAAUUACAGUAUUGCGCCGGAUGAGGUGAGCAUUGUUGCUCAUGUCAUUGCGACGCACAAGUGGAAUGUUUAUCGCGUGUGCCUUGCAACCGGGUGCUACGGAACGAAGCACGGCGAAGCUGGGGAGCUGCUGAACAGUGGGCAGUUCUGGGAAACAGAUGCUGGCAAAUACAAGGUGAAGGAUGCCUGUGCUGGGCAAAGCUAUCACCGUCUCCUCCUUCGUCAGGAAUGCCAGGUAUCACCGGAGGGCUUCAAGAAGUUUGCAUAUGCUACAGGCAUUGGGACCACUGCAUAUGCUGAGAUACCGCGCUUUGCCAACGAAGGCUCUUAUUCCGAGAUCCUGCAGGCGGCAAAGGAAGCAUGCAAGACAGACGCUGACUGCGCAGCUUUUGAGAUCAUGCGGACCUUCAGUCAAGACAAAAAUCCUGCAUUCCGGGAUUGGGGGCAGACCUGGGCGGACAAGAUUGAUGCUUCAGAGGGCGGAUGGCUUGUAUACAAACUCCACAAGCGCGAGACCGGCUCAGAGUUCAGCAUGCAUGAUACAGAGGAGCUGGACUGGUAUGCAUCAGGUCGCGAUGAGGACAUCUACAACUACCAGGCGACGCCCCUUCGCUGUAGCUGGAAGACAAACUUCACUUGCGGAUUUGACUCCCGCAUCCACAUCGCAGUUUCCAGCACAGCCAGCUCAAAGGAGGACUGUGAGGCACUUUGCCAGACCAGCCAAAUUGCUGACCCAGUCCGAGGAUGCUGCUCUUUCUCAGAUGGUCAAUGCAAAUAUGGCGAUGGCGCGCAGCUGGACAGGGCAAUGCCCGGAACAGACGCAGCAGAUUGCUGGCCAGAGAUCGUGCCAACAUCUACGUCAACAACAACGACUACAACCACUACGACCACAACAACAACCACAACUGAAACAACGACCACAAUAACAACCACAACCAUCACCACCACGACGGUCACAACCACAAGCACAUCAACAACAACAAGCACGACAACCACCACAACGACAACUAGCACGUCAACAAGCACCACAACAAGCACAAGCACCUCCACCACAACGACCACAACCACAACAACAAGCACCAGCACAACCACCAGUACCACCACUACCACCACUACCACGACAACCACGACUACAACCACAACCACUACAACGACCACUACGACUACGACGCCGUGGAUCUCUGGCAUAUCGCCAUCCUGUAUCACGGUCAACAAGGCCACGGAAAUCACAUUUUAUGGAGGAGAUGCGGGUGACAAGGUCAGAUUUGAAGUGGACUGUGACACGGUAUCCGACGAUAACUUCACAACAUUGAAGGAAGGAGCAGAGGGUGCCACAGCUGAGUUCUCCCCGCAGGAGAAGGGUGAAGGCUUCCUUUUGUGCUACAAGCGUGGCCACGAAGAGGUUCAUGGUGAACAUCAUUUAACGCUUGAUGUGAAAGGUCCUACUGGUGCCAGCCAUAUCUCUUCCAUCAGUCCGACGCUGGUGAAGCGAGCUGAAGCAGCAGAGCUGCGGCUGGAAGGCCCUGAGAAGACCAAGGGUAGGGUGUGUUUUGCUCCCAGCUGCGCCUUGUGCCCUCAGCUUUAUGACAGCGCAGAUUAUCCUGCUGUUGAGAUUCCUGGGACGGUGAGCCUCUUGAAAGAGGCAAAUAAGCUGCAUAUUGUCGCACCGCAGAAUGACAGCAAUAUCUACAAGGUGUGCUAUCAAGAAGACUUCAGCUGUGAGUGGGUUCAACAGAGUGGUCUCAAGAUCCGCUUCGAUCCUCACAUCAUUAGCAUAGACCAGACCUGCAUUGGAGCGAACAGAGACGCCACGAUUGGCUUCGAGGGCGCCUGGCCAGGUGAUCGGGUGCAGUUUGCCCGUGGCUGUGAUGGCAUCACAGAGCCAAAGGAAGAAUUCUUCAGCGAGAAGAAGCGAGCUUUGUGGUAUGCAGGUGAAGCUCUUGAGGGUCUCAAGCUCUGCUACAAGCCGGAUACUUCAGAUGCA